AUGGCAGUAUUAAGCACACUCAAAACAGCAUUUGGCUAUACAUACGCAUUUAUCAUCACACCAUGGCUUCUUUCGCGCUUUUUGUUCGACAUUUCCCUCUGUCUCGUCCCGUGGUUUCGCCCGAACAGAAAAUGGACACUGAACCAAGCUGUCCGUGUCCGCGUUGUCCGGCUCUUGCUGCUCUACUGGUCUCUCACCAAAUCAGGCGACAAAAUGAGGUUUGACCAGGGCAAAGAGAAGAACCGCUUCGAAGUCGUCGCUCCACGAUCGCCAAAGUUGUACAGAGGAAUUUGCUCGGAUUACACGGUUCAGCCUGCUCAAUUGGGCAUGACUUGGACGCCUGCGCGACCACCGCCUGCUGACAUCGUUCACCCUGGCAUGGUGGUCGUCUUGCACUUUCAUGGCGGCGGUUUUGUAAUUGGCAAUGGUCGUGAUGAAGAUACUGGAUACACGGCCAAGACUCUCAUUAAGCAUAUGGGCGCUACGCAUGUCUGCUCGCCCAACUACCGACUGUCCAGCAGCAAGAAUGGGCAGUUUCCAGCUCCUCUACAGGAUGCACUUACAGCAUAUCUUCAUCUCAUCAAGACAAGAGGUAUUCCUGCCGACCAGAUCAUUUUCUCAGGCGAUUCAGCUGGUGCAAACCUAGCUCUCGCCUUGGUACGCUACAUUCACGAGUAUGGUCAAAUUGACGAGGUCCCAUUUCCACGCGCAAUGGCUCUUUGGUCGCCAUGGACUGAUGUCGCCGGCGCCUUGGAACAAGAUGCCUCUCAAUCACCCAACUACAAGACGGAUUAUCUCAACAUGCACUUUGCGCGCUGGGGCGCAACGACAGUCUCUGGCUUUGGCGCAAUUGACCCAGCCAGUCCGUACCUGUCCCCUCUACGCCAUCCCUUCCAGAUUGAGAAGCCUUUCCCAGUCUACGUCAACGCCGGCGGCGGCGAAGUUCUAUGCGACGACAUCACCAACUUUGUCGCACGCUACAAGAAGAGUGGUUGGCCAAUGUACCUGGACAUCUCGGAAGGUUGCCCUCAUGACAUUAUCCUGCUCGGCGACAGGAUUGACUUUACAGCCGAGGCAGAGAAGGCAGCUGAGCAUGCGAGGCGUUUCUUGAACCAUCGUGCGGGGUUGAAUCUACGAAGCUAUGCAUAA